CUUAUUGUGCUGAUGUGUGUUGAGCGUUGUUUGUGUUUGUUCUUGGUUUGUAGCUGCUUUGAACAGUGUGUAUACUUCAUAAUAAUCUGCAUGGGGUAAUUUGUUAUUAAAGUUUUUGCGUUUAUUACAUUGGUGCGCAAGCACAAUACUUAAAAUGGCUGCAAAAUUGAAUAAUUUUGAACCUCCUUCGUCAGCCAGUUCAGAAAGUGAUGCUGCAGAAACAGGUGCGGAUUUUUCUGAAGUAUUUCCUGAUUUAGAAGGCGAAGAGGAACGAAGUGGCGAUUUCUAUAAUACUCCAGCAUCCCCCAUUACUGUACCACAUAUAACAAGACCUCCAUCAACUGGAUCUCAAAAGUCUCCCAGAUCACGUAGACAACGUACCACGUCAAUUAAUGCAUCAACUAAUAAGACAGUAACAGACUCACUUCUCAGGACACCUCAUAGAACUAUUUACACUGCUGGGCGUCCACCAUGGUACAACACUGCAGGCCAAAUGGUCGAACCAUUUGUUAUAGGUAUUUGUGGUGGAAGUGCGUCGGGGAAAACCACAGUAGCAGAAAAAAUAAUAGCUGCCCUAGAUAUGCCAUGGGUAACGUUACUUAGUAUGGACUCUUUUUAUAAAGUACUUAACGAAAAGCAGCAUGAACUUGCUGAUAAAAAUGAAUACAAUUUUGAUCAUCCAGACGCUUUUGAUUUUGACCUUCUUUUAAAAACCUUAGAAAGAUUGAAGGUUGGGAAAAAAGUUGAAGUUCCUAUUUACAAUUUUAUUACUCAUGCUAGAGAAAUGAGAACAAAGACAAUGUAUGGUGCAAAUGUUAUAAUAUUCGAAGGCAUAUUGACUUUUUAUAAUCCAAAAGUAUUGGAUAUAUUGGACAUGAAAAUAUUCGUAGAUACGGAUGCCGAUAUAAGACUGGCGCGUCGUCUCAGGAGGGAUAUUUCAAUGAGGGGCCGAGACUUAGAAGGGGUUAUUAAACAAUAUACAAACAUGGUACAGCCGUCCUUUAAUCAUUACAUUGCCCCUUUGAUGAUCCACGCCGAUAUAAUAGUGCCCAGGGGUGGCGAGAAUGAAGUUGCCUUGGAAUUGAUCGUUCAACAUGUCCAAACACAGUUACAAUUGAGGGGGUUCAAAUUAAGGGAAGAAUUGGCUCAUUCGUUUGUAGGACAACCCUUGCCUGACACUGUCCAUUUGUUGCCCAUGACUCCUCAGAUAAGGGGUUUGCACACAUUCAUUCGGAAUAAGGACACUUCCAGAGAUGAGUUUAUAUUUUAUAGCAAACGACUCAUUCGUUUAGUAAUAGAAUAUACAUUGUCCCUAAUGCCUUUCAAGGAAAAGUGCGUUGAAACGCCACAAGGGGUACUGUACCACGGUAAACGAAUGGCCACAGACAAAAUUUGUGGUGUGUCGAUAUUACGAGCUGGUGAAACAAUGGAACAGGCUGUAUGUGACGUUUACAAAGAUAUUAGGAUAGGAAAGAUUUUAAUCCAAACCAACUUUCAUACAGGAGAACCAGAGCUAUUUUAUUUGCGUUUACCCAAAGAUAUAAAAGACUACAGAGUGAUACUUAUGGACGCGACGGUGGCAACCGGUGCAGCCGCAAUGAUGGCGAUCAGGGUGUUACUAGAUCACGAUGUCCACGAAGAGAACAUUCUCAUUGUGUCACUGUUGAUGGCUGAAUCGGGGGUGCACAAUAUUGCCUACGCUUUCCCCAAGGUCAAGAUCGUAACUAGUGCUAUUGAUCCAGAAAUAAACGACAAAUUCUACGUUCUUCCAGGCAUUGGAAACUUCGGUGACAGAUAUUUUGGUACCGAACCGUCUACCGAACAUUGUCAGUAGACAAAGAGCGUCGCUAAAGGUAACUUAUUUUUUAUGUAUGUAAAGAUAUAUAUACGAGUACGUGUAUGCAUUUUUUUUGUAUUAAGGGAGGUCCGAAACUUGCUCUAAUUAUAUCGAGAUUGUGGAGAACAGUCAGAAAAUAUGAAUUUAAGUACUUA